GGAACAUUGAACGGUCGGCAUAGUGGCAUGUCGAUCUAAUGGGAAAUAUUUCGGACCAUUGAGACGUCGGAACAAUGAGGUGUCGGAAUUACGGGGAGGCCCCUCUUGGACAACGCUUGCAUGAACAGUCACUUCACUUCACAUGGCACAACUUCAUUCCAUGGUAGCCGCCUAGUUAUAAUGAUAUGGUUCACACAACGUUUCGACUAGCAGCUAUACGGUCGAAAGGUUGUGUAUCUAAUACAAUCACAGGAAGCAGAAGCGACAGUGUGCGGUUAUACUUUUUCUUAGUAUCUGACGGACUCUUUACCCUGCACCUGUACAGAGAUGGAUGUGCUUGCACUCUCUACUACUAUCAGCGAGUUAUAGCCAUUAGGGAUUUUCUGCCCAGACACGGUAUCAAAAUUAGUAUUUAUGUGUAUCAUUUCUGCAUAUUUUUCUUCAUCUCAGCACAACCGUCUUGUAGUUAUGUAUACCAAACUAAUCUGGCAGCGGAUAAUUUGCCUGUAGAUGAGGAUAACUUGUAGGCUAGUCUACUGCUCAGAUAAGUUAGUUAUUUUAUUACAGUGUAAGUUAACAUCGAUGUACAAUUUUCCAGGACUUUAUUCAUUUGGCUUCAGGACAUGAUUUAGCUUUAUGUAUUACUUAGUGUCUAAUUGUCUCUUGUGUGUAUCAUGUCAUUUAGAGCACACCAGGGACAUCCAGAACAUCCAACAACCAUACAUCUUGCCAAACAGACCCACCUAGUCUGUCAUCCAGGGGCACACAGCUUUCUGUUGGUACUUUCAGCAAUCAUGUGAGAAGCAGAGGCACACAAACUAUAUCCUGCUCUGUAAGUGUGAGUACAACUACAGAUGAUGCACCUUGGGGACCCUCGACCUCUACGCCAAUCAAGCCAAUCAAGCCAACGCCAGCUAAAAGACCUCGGCUAGCUGAAGGGGAGGAAGAUAACUGGGAAGACUCCACAGUGAUCGCUGAACCACAUAACUCCACAUAUGAUCCUGCUCAAUCCAUGACAGAUGUGUCAGAAUCCUCACAGAUAUUCACCGCCACUACACCUGGCUACACCGAUUCCAAGUACAUCGUUAGCGCGAGAUGCCUACUUGAGCUUUUUGAAAAGUGUCCCAUUUGCAAACGGCCAUCUGAAGUAACACCAUGCAGACGUGGUACAUUCUUGGCCGUUUACCAGAAAUGUCCUCACUGCGGGUUUUACAGAGAGUGGAAAAGUCAGCCUGUCAUUGGGAGCUGCCCCAUCAUCAACCUCCAACAGUCUGCUGCCAUAUAUUUCACGGGCACUUCAUUUUUCCAGUUGCAAAAGGUAUUCAAAGCCAUGCACCUGAAAUCAAUUGGAUAUACCACAUUCAGAAGGCAUGCACGGACUUAUUUGGAGCCAGCAGUGAUCCACAAAUGGCAUCAGUUUCAGGAAGAAGAAUUGCAGUUUCUGAGCCAGAGAAAGGUUAAAAUUGGCGGAGAUAUGAGGGCAGACUCACCAGGUCAUUGCGCAAAGUAUGGCAGCUAUUCCUUGAUUAACCUGGAGAACAACAACAUUAUUGACACACAACUUGUCCAGAGCAAUGAGGUUGGAGGUAGUCACAAUAUGGAGAAGGAGGGUCUGAAAAGAAGCCUUGAACUUCUGGAGUCGAAGGGUGUGGCAGUGGACUACAUUGUCACUGACCGCCAUCCCCAGAUACAAAAGUUUCUUCGGGAUCGCAAUGUGAAGCACUUCUAUGACGUCUGGCACCUUGCAAAGGGUCUGUCUAAGAAAUUGGACAAGGUGUCGAAAGAGAAGGACUGUGACAUUGUGAAGAGGUGGCGGCGUGGCAUCAGCAACCACGUCUACUGGGCAGCAACAUCAUCAUCCACCGGGGCUGAAAAGGUGGCUAAAUGGACCUCAUUGAUAAACCACAUUCAGAACAUACACAGCCACGACAACCCAGCUUUCCCCAAAUGCCUCCACCCUGUUCGCCGAACAAGAGAUCCUAAAAAGUGGUUUCAGCCAGGCACCAAAGCCCUCUAUAAAGUGGAAAAAAUCCUUACCAGCAAGAGGGUCCUGACUAGGGUUGCCAACCGUCCCUCAUAA